AGUUAAAAGUUUCUAAAAUGAAGAUGAAAGCUCUGUACAUUGAAAAAUGUAAGGAUAUGGUCAAGAAAAGGAAACAAUUGUCCGAACAAAGAAAAACUAUGGAGUCGUCUCUGGAUUUAGGCGAAACUGAAACGAAUACAAUCGAUUCUUUAGAAGGAAGACAAGAAAUGUCAUCGUCGUAUGCAGAUUUACAAAAUGUGACGCUCACGGCGGCCGAAAAGGAUCAGAACUCACUUCCAUGUUAUUUUGAAGAAAAAACGCCUAAAACAACAUUUGAGAUGGAAUUAGAUGAUAAUGAUGCGCCUCCAAAUAUAUCGCAAUGCGAAUCAGAAGCAAUGACAGAAGAAAAUCAAUAUAAGGAAAAGGACCAGGCUUCAAACGUAUUACCUGAAAAUCAAUGUGAAGAAAGUAAUGCACUUCCAUAUAUAGUUGAAGGCACAUCUGAAGUAACGAUGCAGCCUGAAAUACAAAACUUGGGGCACCGAAUAAUAGAUUUUAAUCAUUUCACAUCAGAACUUGUAAAAAUUUCUCAACACAAAUCUCUGUUUAAAUGCGGAUUAUCUACAAUGAAAUUAAUUUCUGAACAUCGAAUAGGAUUACAAUCUGAAUACACAUAUGGUUCAAGCAAUCUAUUGAUAUGCAUGGUAGCACAAAGCAAGGAAAAUGCUGCGUCAAAUAUUGUAAAUAUUUCAGAAGAACCAAAAACAAAAGAAAAUUCUGAUGAUACUGUUGCUGACACGGAUAAAACUGCUGAUGUCGAUAAUUUUGCUUUUGUUGACGAAGAUGUUGCUGACGCAGACGAUGUUUCUGUCGUAGAUAGUUCAGAAUAUAUUAUGGCUUUUUCUGAAUAUUGA